CACCCACGCACGCCCAUAGCCUCUCUUGAAGCCCCUGAAGAAGGUCUCUUGCCCUAAGCUCUGUUGCUUAUCAUGAACAAUAGGUUUCCAGGUUUGAUAAAUUCCAGGCGGUUUAAAAACACAGGUUUCCAGGCUAUCUCUAAAUUCCAGGCAGGUUACCAAACACAAUAUUUACAAGUAGCUACAAGAGCCAGCUUCACGGAGAGAAGGAACUUCCAGGUCUCUCAAUUGGGGGCAAAAUCACUUUUGCCUCGAUCACCAGUUGCGGAUGAAAAUUCAGAUAAUUUUCAGGGGAUGAGAUCGAAACGAACCUUAGAAAUCUGGAAAAUGGGAAUUGUUAAUUACUUAGAUGCACUCAAGCUUCAAGAGAAGCUUGCGUCCAAGAGAAAAUUAGGAGUGAUUACAGACACUCUCUUAUCAUUGCAGCACCCCCCAACGUACACAUUAGGAAAAAGGCGCACAUAUCACAAUUUACUUAUCCCUGAAUCUGAACUUAGUGCUAUGGGAGCCAAUCUGCACUAUACAGAGAGAGGUGGUGACAUAACUUUCCAUGGUCCCCGACAAGCCAUUCUAUAUCCCAUUCUCUCUUUAAGAGAAGCUGGGUUAGGUGCUCGAAAGUAUGUUGAGAAUCUUGAAGCAACAAUGGUGAGGUUGUCAUCUCUCUAUAAUGUAAAGGUCCAUGCAGGUGAAAGUGGGCAAACCGGCGUGUGGGUUGGGGAGAGAAAGAUUGGCGCCAUUGGCGUGAGGAUCUCAUCAGGAAUAACUUCUCAUGGAUUGGCUUUUAACAUUGAUCCUGACUUAAGCUUUUUCAAGCAUAUUGUGCCUUGUGGGAUAACUGAUAAAGGGGUGACUUCUUUGAGAAUGGAGGCUGAGAUGGAACUCCCUGAAGAUGAAGUGAUUCACGAGCAAUUAGUGAGUUGCUUUACUCAACUAUUUGGUUACGAGCAUGUUGUUUGGAAAGACAGAAGUUUUUUCCCUUGAACUGUCAUGUUGAGUCAACUGUAGAAAAUUAUUGAGUUAAAUUAAUGUGAAAUUAUUUUUUAUUUAUUAUUUAUAUAGCAUUUGAUAGUGAAGAUGGAUGAGGCUGAAUUUUGUAACUUUUUAAGGUAACAUUCAUUGAGAAUAGUUUGAUAACCAUAUUUGAACAUGUUAACAUGAAGAUGUACGUCAAA